CGUGCUCGGUCAGCUCCCCGCAGAGGACGCCCUCCUGGUCCCGCACCACCGUGCCCAGCGGGGCCGACACAUACACGUCCGCGCCCGAGUUUCCUGUCCGGCUCUUCCCCUGGCCGUUCUGCCCGUCCGUGGCGCGGUAGUGCACCUUGUGGCGCACCAUGGCCAGCGUAUUGAGGCCCUCGCUGCACCGGAGGAAGAUGGAGCCGCCGCGACCGCCGGAACCCCCGUUAGGGCCCCCCAUGGAGAUGCCCUUCUCGCGCCGCGUUGCGAUGCACCCAUUGCCGCCCUUCCCCGCCUUGACGUUGAUCCUGGCCGUGUCGAAGAACUGCCACUCCUGAUCAUUCCUUGCCCUCAAGGCCUCCCGCUCCGCCUUCUCCUCGGCCUCCAAGGCUUCAGCAGCCGCUGCUGCGUUCCCGCCCCCCAUCAUCUGCACUCCUCCUCGCCCUCUCCUACCGCCCACCACGCUCGUCCUACAUCGCGCUGGUGAAAAUGGCGAUGGAGCAGCAGCAGCGCGGUGCAGAGUUGCUGUUGCUGUUGAUCGGAACCGGUGGGAGCCGCUUCUGGCUGCUGUGUUGGGUAUCAAGAGGAAACAAUUACCCCGCUGGAGGAGGACAAUGCACGCGGCCAGUGUUGGCAACCGUAUUCUUCUCGAUCUGUGUGUCCUGGUCAUGUCGGCGAGAGUGGGCGAGGCAGCUACAAUAGCACUAGUACAACGUGACACAGCAGCCAGCCAGUUGCACAGCACCUUCCACAGCUUCAGGGUGGAAACAGGGGCAAGGGAGGGGCGAGCACGAGGCAGGAUCUUGGCAUCGCCGUGCGAGGAGAGGUCGCUGUCCGUCCCGGCGCGUGGAGAUGGCUUUCGCCGGAUUGAAAACCCCGAGCAACAACAGCGGUGCCGUACAGGAGGCGCUGGAAAGCAUCCGAGCGCGGUCCUAUGCCUCCCUCAACCCUCGCACGGGGGCGGUGCAGUCGAUAGCGUCUACGUACAAGCGUACGCGUCCGCAACAUGCAGUUCGGCACCAGCCAGUACGAGCUACUGCUGUUAA